GGCGUCAUGGCAACGCUUCGACGUCUGGAGCGAGGCCUGUGGUGUCUCAGGCCCGCGACCAGAGGUGUCCCGGGUGCAUCUUCACGCCGGACGCUGUCAUGGAGUCCACGUCUCCGGCAGAUGGAAACCACAACAGCUAUCUACCCGCACCGUAGGUCACAGGCCCUGCCGUUUCCGAAGACUGACCGGGAGACCGCAGCCGUGCAGGAUGAGGCACUCUACAAAGAGAGAACAGUCACCGUGCACACGUGUGCGGAGCUGUUCCCCGAGUGGAAGCGAAGCCGUCCCGGCUGGAAGCAUGUGCGAGCGGACGGAGUGGACGUCCCGCUGCCCUACAUACACACGGGUCUGGAUCGCGGCUGUGCGGAGGGGCCAACCGUGCUCGCGGUGCACGGAGCCCCCGGCACCUACCGUGAGUUCGACGCACUCACGCCUGUGCUCGAUGUCCACGGGGGAGCGUCGGUCGUCGUGCCCACACUGCCAGACUUGGAGUUCAGCAUGAAAACGCAGAGUUUUUGGCAUUCUGUAGAGGAGAAGACAGACCUGCUCAAGAAGUUCCUGGAAGCCAUCAACGUUCGAGAGAUCGACAUGGUGGUAGCACACAGCAGCUCCAUGUACCCGAUAUUAUGGCUGGCCCUCAAGGAGCCAGACAUCAGGAUCAAGUCAGCAGUCUUCAUUGCACCCCCUGGCUGCAGAAGAAUCUCGCAGCUGAGCCCCUUCUGGAUGAUGAAGGCCUUUGACGAGUGGUUCCGUGUGCCCGGCCUGCAGAACCUGAUGUGCGACAUGGCUGUGCACAUAGUGCGCAUGCUCGGAAAGCCCAACAACAACCAGAUUCGGGGAACGAUCCUCUCCAUGAUCACCAUAAUGCACGCCGGUUACGACCAGUCAGAGCCACUCCUGAGGGAACUUCAGCAGAGACAAGUGCCGAUGCUGAUGCUAUACGGCGAGAAAGACCGACUCAUUGACCGAGAGGUCAGCGCCGAGAUGGCGGCAGUGUUGGGGGUUCAGCCAUCGCAGAUGCAGGUAUACAUGGGCAAGGACAAUGCGCACGCCCGGCUAGAAAAUCCAGGAGAACCAGUGGGCAACAAUGAAGUCGUCUGCUUUAGAGAAGGAACUCACUUUGCAUUCAAGAAGUACCCUGACAUUUUCAAUGAUGUGAUACUGAAAUUCUGGAGGAAGCACGUCAAGGCUGGCAUAUGAUCCACUGUGCUAAGUAUGAAAUGGUGCUUGGCAUUAGCUAUUGCUUCGAGCCUUCCCAAGAUUCAACUUGAGGUCACCUCUAAUCAUCGAAAGCCAGGUGCCACGCUGGCUGCAAGGAAGCUGGACUACGGCUGGUUGUAAUAGUGACUUAAAUGAAAUUAUGUAAUUUUGUA